AUGCCGUUGAGCAAUUCGCCGCCCCCGCACCCCCGGGUCGGAGAGCGUUCACGCGAAGCAGGCCGAGAAAUGAAGCUCCUUCAUUUCAUCUACGGCCAGCCGAACCUCGAUGACAUCAGAGGCCACCCGCAGAAGGUGCUCGACCUAAUGAACGAAUUCGAAAAAGAUUACGACAUGAUGACCGUCGGCGAGCCCAAGGGCAAAAUCGUAACCGAUCUCAUUGACGAAAUCAAGCCCAAGACCAUGAUCGAACUAGGCUGCUACGUGGGCUAUUCGGCCAUCCUCUUCGGCGAAGCCGUACGACGCAAUGGCGGCCAGCGCUAUCUCAGUCUAGAGCUGAACCCGGAAUGGGCGGCCAUUGCGAACAUGCUCAUCGAGCUGGCCGGUCUGCGCGACUUUGUCCGGGUCAUUGUUGGUCGGAGCGACGUGUCGCUAGAUAAGUUGUAUCGCAGCGGCGAUGUGACCAAGAUCGAGCUCAUUUUUAUUGACCAUUAUAAGCCGGCGUAUACCACGGAUUUGAAGCUGUGCGAGCACCUGGGUAUGAUUGUUCCGGGCUCGGUGCUUGCGGCUGAUAAUGUGAUUCAUCCGGGGAAUCCGCCGUACUUGGAGUAUGUGCGGAGUAGUGUUGAGCAGAAGCGGGAGGCUGCGAAGCAAGGGCCUACGAAGGGGUAUAAUACUGAGGGUAUACGUGAGCGCGCUGUCAAUUCUUUUAUGCCCGAGGGUGAUACGCCUGCAUUUGAGGUUAUUGGGAAUCCGAAUCUCCAGUAUGAGAGUGUGUUGCGACAGCCGGAGGGACAAAAGGAUGCUAUCGAAGUCACCCGGUGCGUGGGGGUUGAGGAGGCGUAG